UUGUGCGACAGGCCGCGGCGCGAGCGGGGCCUCACUGAACUGAAACGGUCUGGCACGAGAUAACGGAGACACUUUGACCCACGGGAGGACCGCAGACCGGCCCCCGCACAGAGCCCACUAGGCGAAGAGGAACUGUUGGCUUCAACAUUUGCACAACUUAAAACAGGACCGGUGCAUGUUAAUAGUAGUUUACUGUUAGCGUGUUAAGUGGCUAACUAUUGCUAGCCUUACUGGGUUAGCACAGCGGGCUAGCAAGCUUUUUGUAAUCCGCCGGGCAGACACAGUGGUUCUGUGCUAAUCAGGCCCAAACCGGACUGAAGUGAGACCGUAGAGCCGGCACAGACACACAGAGAGCUCCGGCGGUGGCAGGAGGCUGGUUCUGGGGGCGCGGCCAGAGGACCAGACUCAAUGAGUUUCCAGCGAAAUGUCAGAGAAGUCAGGGCAGAGCACCAAGGCAAAGGAUGGCAAAACCAAGUAUGCGACCCUUAGCCUCUUCAACACCUAUAAAGGCAAAUCUCUGGAAACCCAGAAAACUGCUGUUGCUGCCAGACAUGGGCUCCAGAGUUUGGGCAAAGUUGCUAUCAGCCGGCGCAUGCCCCCGCCAGCCAACCUGCCCAGCUUGAAGGCAGAAAACAAGGGAAACGACCCCAACGUCAACAUCGUUCCCAAAGACGGCAGUGGCUGGGCAUCGAGAACCGAGACGGGGGAAGAAAGACAACAGGAAACUCCUCCACCUCAGAUCAAGCCAGUGACGCAAGAGGUUUCAACUGGAGGGAGUCGGUCUUGGGCUAACAGCAAGCAGAGUCUAGACGGAGUUCCACGUGUGAGCAGCCAUUUUCACCAGGAGUUUCCGAGCUUACAGGCUGCUGGAGAAGCUGAGAAAGGAGAUGGUUCAGAGGAAGAGCCCUAUGGACCUGGACCCAGUCUCAGACCUCAAAAUGUUGGUAGUUGGCGUGAGGGUGGAGGGAGAAAUCUGAACACUGCCCCCAGCCCCUCUGAGAUGGACAGCAGGCCUCCAGAGGAGGGCAGUUCGGGCCAAGGUUCUUCAACACCUCCUGUGGAAGCUGAUGAGCCCACUCGAAAUGUGUCAUCAGACAAAAGGGACCGAGGACCACCCCCAGGCCCUCCUCAGCCUAAACUCAACGGGGGACAGCCUCCUCCCUCUGGGAUGCCAACGCACUUUGACCCUGCUUUUAGAAGCAUGAUGCCACCUUAUAUGUUCCAGGCCUAUCCUACUCAGAUGCCUUUUGGAGCUACACAAGGAAAUUUCAGAUUCACUGCACCUCAAGAUGGCUCAAAGGGAUCACGUUCGGGACGAGCUCAGCCACCUCCUCCUCAGUCCUGGCUUCAAGACCCAGACCGACCUUCUAUUAUCAGUGCAACUGAACUGAAAGAGCUGGACAACUUGGACACGGAUGCAGAUGAAGGCUGGGCAGGUGCUCAAAUGGAAGUAGAUUACACAGAGAAGCUAAACUUUAGUGACGAUGAUGAAAACCAGUCUAAGGACAAAGGCGAAAACUGGGAAUGGAUGGGGAAGGUGGAGCGUCUAAGGUCACGGGCCCCAGACUCACAGGAGGGCUGGAAGGACAUCUCUGAUGGACGUGGUGGCAGUAAAGGCUCCUGUGCUGAUGGUGGGGAACCCAGCGCCCCCUCUCCUUCCAGUGUGGCUUCAUUCAAUAAAUCAGGAAUUCCACAGGAAUAUCAGGGGAGUGGUCGUGCAGUCGGCGGAGCACCUUUGCGUACAAACAAAGCAGGAACUACAACAGCUACUGUUGCUGAUGAAGACUCUGAGGCCUGGCGUCAGAAACGAAAAAAGCCUGAGGUUUCUGAAGCUGUGGAGCGAGCACGACGCAGGAGAGAGGAGGAGGAGAGACGCAUGGAAGAGCAGCGGCUUGCUGCGUGUGCUGAAAAACUGAAGCGCCUCAAGAAGCAGCGUCAGUCUGAUGGCAAGGCUGCACCAUGCUCUAGUGAUGACACUGGAGUCUCAUUUGAGGACAGUUCAACAUCAGCUGUAUCUAAUGCUACUCCUGUGAUCCCAAGUUCACAAUCACAGACCCCAGUGCAGCCUUGUGCACCUGAGAGAGUGGAGCGUGAGAGGACUGAACCGGAGCUCAGGGUAGACCCAAAUGCAGAGGAGGAUCACUUAGUCCGGCAGGCCGCCUCUCCAGUCCAAAGACCUGCAGCUGUGGAACCCCAGGAUGAGGAUGAGAACAUCCAGACUGAAGUUGGGCCAAUUGUGGAUGAGAUGUCAGCAGACAGAACAGCAGGGCCUAUCCAAGACUAUUUCAGUAUCGAGGACAGCAGAGCAGAUGAGUCUCCUCUGUCUCUUCCUCACAUGGACACUCCUUGUGCAGAUGAAGUCUCAGUGGCACCCCCACAGCUGGAGGGAGAAGCUGCAACUGCAAUGAGGCCGUCGCUAACAUCAGGCUACUCCAAACAAUUUCAGAAGUCCUUACCACCACGCUUCCUUAGACAACAGGAGCAGAUGAAGCAGCAGCAAUGGCAGCAGCAACAGCAGAGUGGGGGAUCAGUGUCUCCCUCUAGUGGGACAGUCCCCUCGCAGCAGCAGCAACAGCAACAGCAACAGCAGCACCGCUCAAUGUACCAGCCCAUGGGUCCUCACCAUCAGCACCUGGCGUCUAUGGGCUUUGACCCUCGUUGGUUAAUGAUGCAGUCUUAUAUGGACCCUCGGUUGAUGUCGGGACGGCCUCCAAUGGACAUGCCAACCAACCUUCACCCAGGGAGGAUGGCCCCAAAACAGAUUGUCCGUAGAGAUCCUGGGGACAACUCUAGCUCAAGCUCAGAUUCAUUUGACCAUUUGUCCCGACCAAUGCGUGAACAUGGUUUGCCUUCAGACUCUAGAAUGGUGUGGGGGUCUGACCCUUACCCCCAACCAGAGCCUCUGCCUUCUUUAACGCCUCCAAAGGGACGUGAUGACACCAAGGACCCACGAAUGGACUCCGGUGUGGAUUUAGAUCGGGGUCUGCAGAGCAUGUACCCGCAGGACCAUAGUGCUUUGGAUUCUCGUAAAAGUAACUUCUUCCGGGACCCUACAGAGGCCUUGUCUGCAUUCAACCAGGGUCCUGAUGACGGCCCUGGACCUUUAGAUGGGAUCCCUGUGGGAUCAGGCUUUAACCAUGAGGAGUCAGGGUUGCCCACUGGAGAGGAGGUGGAGGCUUUAGGUCAGGCUAUGCUGCAGAGAAGCAUCUCUCAAGGCUCUAGUCACUCACUGAAGGUAGAAGAGCCCCGAUUUGAAGGGUUACCUCUGGGAGCUAAAUCAUUGGAGCUGCAGGACUCUGGAGAGAGAGUGGAGGAAAAACCUCUAAAUGACCUUUACCCACAGGCAGGGGUGACCAGCAGCCGGUCCACACCUCCUGUGGAUGGACUGCACAAACCUGACAAACUCCCUUUGCCAGCCCCGAGCAAACAGAAGACUGAGCUCCGCUGGGGAGGGCGCUCUGGUCCAGGCCGCAGGGAUGGACCAAGCACUGAGAGGCCUCUCCGCAGAUCUGGACCUAUAAAGAAACCUGUACUGAGAGAUAUGAAAGAGGAGAGGGAGCAGAGGGAGGAGAGAGAAAAGCGGCAUGAGAGGGGAGAUCGAGGAGACAGAGGGGACCGUUCCAAAAAAGAGCUUUCAGCCAAAGCCCCCUCUGUAGCUGCUGCAGUGUCUGAAGGAGGCAGAGCUCAAAGUGAGGUAAAGAGAGAAGUAGCCGAGGCAGAAGAGCCCAAUUCUAUACUUCAGAGGAGCAGAGAGUCCCAGCCUUCCCCAGGUGUCCCAACCUCCUCUUCUCAGGAAGACAAGGUUGACAAACCAACUAGCCAUGAUAAACAUCCUGAACCAAAACUACCCUCCAGAAAAGAGUCCAAUCUUCCCCCUCGUUCCUACCGCAGAGAAGAGCGAGAGCGGGAUCGAGACAGAGAGAGAGAUCGUGAAAGAGACAAAGAAAUGGACAGAGACCGCGAGUUUCCAUCUGACUUUAAAGGGCGUGGUCGGGGCGAGUAUUACUCCAGAGGCAGGAGCUACCGGGGCACGUACAGCGGCCGAGGCAGAGGCAGCCGCGGUCGGAGCCGCCCUGAAUAUCCUUACAGAGAGCCAAGAGCCCGCUCUGACCUGCCCUCUGCUGGAGGUGCUGCUGCUUUUCGUAACAGAGAGGAGAGUGAAACACGCAGUGAAAGCUCAGAUCUGGAAGUUAUGCCCAAACGCAGACGACGCAGAGGUUCUGACACAGAUUCUGAAAGUGAAGGAGGACGAGAGUCUGCCAGUGACACAGGACCCUCUGACAGGGAGCCCAGCACUAAACCCAGCCGCCCGCUCAGGCGAGACCUCCCCGGAGACCACCGAACAGGUGCCCACAAACCUGGCUUUGGCCCCCCGCACAUGGGAGACAGAGGACCUAGAGGGGAGGACGAUAGCAGGCCUAAGCCAGGGUUUCUUCCGAAAGGAGAGCCAUCUCGUCGCGGAAGAGGGGGACUGUACAGCCGAAGGGGUGGGACCAGAGAGCGUGGAGGUCCUCGUUCAGCCCCUCUUCGGAGACCCCCGCGAGAGUCAUCCUCUCAGUGGCCCUCUAAACCAAUGGAGACCUUUAGGCCUGAAGAUGCUGAGACCACAUCCAGAUAUGACCAUCCUGCAGGAGACAGGCGCCCCCCAAAGUCCGAGGGGAAGAAGUUUGUGGAUGGAGUUCCUCAGAGCAGCAGAGAGAGGCCCCGCAGAUCCAGGCCAGCCCGACCCCCGAGGCAGGACAAACCGCCUCGCUUCCGGCGGUUAAAGGAGCGUGAGGCUGGAGGUUUGGGGAGUGGCGACACACUCUCAGGUCCUCCAGUACCUUUGCCCCCAGGGCCUGCUCCGGGGAGUACUCUGAGCAGUGCCCCUGCAUCCCUCUCCCCAACACUGUCCCGUGCUCCUGGAACUCCAGUCACUGUUCCUGCAGAUGUAUCAUCUGCUGCCCUAGUGCCAGAUCUACCCUCUUCUAUAGAGGCCUCUUUACCUGAUAUUAGCAGCUCUACUGUCACAGCUAUUGGCACCAAGUCCCCCGACUUAUCCAACCAAAAUUCUUCAGACCAGGCCAAUGAGGAGUGGGAAACUGCCUCAGAGAGCAGUGACUUUAAUGAAAGGAGAGAGCGAGAGGAGCGUAAAGGCAAUAUGGAGGCUACUAAUGAAGCCACAGCUGCCUCUGCCCCGGUGAAUGCACCUCCUCAGGGCUCUGUGACUCCCAGUAAAAACUCUUACGAUGGAGGACUCACUCCCAAACGGGACAUGGCUCCUGCUGCUAAACGGAGCUUCUCCAGUCAAAGACCAACUGAACGACCAAGUCGUCGGGGAAACGCAGGAGCCAAACCAGGACGCAGUUACCCAGGGGCCAAAGGAGAGAGGAGGGGAGGGGCCAAAGCUGGGAGAAAAGGUCCACCUGCUCAGCAGAACCUUGACGGGGGUGCACCUACUGCUGGAGGGCAGACACAAAGGCCCACUAAAGAACAGUCAGCUCGUCGCAAAGAGGAGGCUAAACAGGCGGCUAAGAAGCCCAAAGAGAAUGCACUUUCUCAGUUUGAUCUGAACAAUUAUGCUAGUGUAGUGAUCAUUGAUGAUCACCCAGAGGUCACCACCACAGAUGACCCACAGUCCAGCACAAACGAUGAUGGUUUUACGGAGGUCGUCUCUCGCAAACAACAGAAAAGACUUCAAGAUGAAGAAAAGCGGAAGAAGGAAGAACAGACCACUCAGAACUGGGGUAAAAAAGGCUCAGGGGAGAAGAACAGAGGAAGUGGAGGAAAGCUGCCACCCAGAUUUGCCAAAAAGCAAUCAACCCAACAGCAGCAGCAGCAACCACCACCACAAGUUUCACAGCCUUCUGCACCCCCGACAACACAGGCCUCUUCACAGCCACCAGUCACUGCCCCCCAGCACCCCCCACUUUUGCCCUCAUCCCAGCCAGCUGCCUCACCUCAGACUCUGGAAGCUGCUGUGCCCUCCAUACCUUCUAUUCCCCCAAAUAAUGUGGACUUCAGCUCCAAAAGCCUGCCCACUGCCCCGGCACAGACGCACAGUGCUCUAGGGACUGAACUCUGGGAGAACAAGGUAGCUGGUUCUACAGUCCUCUCUGACGUCAAGAAGCUUGGUCCCAUUAGUCCUCCCCAGCCACCAUCUGUGAGUGCUUGGAACAAACCUCUUACCUCCUUCACAGGCACAGUAGCAUCAGAGGGCGUGAAGUCAGGUGCAGAUGCCAGUGUUGAAUUGGGAAUAGACGGUAUUCAGUUUGGAGCACCUUCGUCUGCAGGCAGCACAGACAGUGAUGGCGUCCCCGUCUUGCUAGAGUCUGCAUCUGACAAUAAACUACCUGCUCCCAAAGAACAAAGACAGAAACAACCUCGCGCUGGUCCAAUCAAGACACAGAAGCUUCCUGAAAUGGAGCCUGUCGAAACCAAGGAGUACAAACCAGGCCCCAUUGGUAAGGAGCGCUCCCUGAAGAACAGAAAAGCCAAAGAUGCUCGUGGAGCAGAAGGCGAUGUGAUGGAGGGGGUUGUACCAGGGCCUGGAGUGAACAGAGCCACAGACCCCAGCCCCCCCACCAGCGACUCCACUGUCCCAGAGCUCGGUGGAGACAUUGAGGGUAUGAUCACUGUGCCCUCUGCAGAAUACACCAGCAAUUCAAAGGAGUCUGUAACAGAUUAUACAACCCCAUCCUCCUCUUUGGCAGACAGUGUUCCCACAGGAGGAAAUAAAAUGGAAGAGAGUUUGGUUGCUAAUGUUGCAUUGCCCCACUCUUUACCUCUUCCUCGACGAGAGACUCUGCAACAGAGCUCAAGCCUCAGCACAGUUUCCCCUGCUACUGUUGAUCUAACAUUAAAGAUGGAGUCUGCUCGUAAGGCCUGGGAAAACUCACCCAGUCUGGAGAAGAACUCUCCGGUCACUUCCUCGUCCUCUCCAAUUACAUCCUGUGCAUCCUCGUACUCCUCUUUCUCUUCAGCCUCAAUGCCUCAGAUCCCUGUGGCUUCUGUUACACCAAGCACAUCAUUGUCAGGCUCUAGUACCUACACCACCUCUUCUCUGAGCACUAAGACCACCACAGCAUCUGACCCGCCCAACAUCUGUAAAGUCAAGCCUCAGCAGCUGCAGUCAUCGAGCAGUAGCUUUUCUCAACUUGGCUGUGUCCCACCGCUUCUGCCUCAACAACAGCAGACCCCACAGGUGUACGUCUCCCAGUCUGCAGCUGGUUCUGCAGCUCAGAUUCCAGCCUUUUACAUGGACACAAGCCACCUGUUCAGCACACCUCACCCUCGACUGGCCCCUCCGUCUCUGGCGCAGCAGCAAGGAUUUCAGCCUGGCCUCUCACAGCCAACAGCAGUGCAGCAGAUCCCCAUCCCUAUUUACGCCCCAUUGCAGGGCCAGCCUCAGCACCAACACACCCACCAGGCACAGCUCGGACUGAACACGGGGCCCCCGGUUUCUCAGCCACAGGACCUGUUCAGCUCCUCCCUGCAGCCUUACAGAUCCCAGCAGGCAUUCAUGCAGAGCAGUCUUUCCCAGCCCUCCAUGAUGCUGUCAGGGCCUUCGCUACACAGUUACCCUGGAGUUCAGGCUCCAGACCUGGGCAAACCUCAGUCCAGUUUGGCCUAUCAGCAGCCUUCGUCCACACAGCACAUUCCCAUCUUGUUCGAGCCUCAGCUUAACCAGCCUUCAGGCAUGGGAGGCUCCCAGCUCAUUGACACACACUUACUACAGGCUCGACAGGGGUUGAAUCAGCAUUCAAACAUGUAUUCGGGGCAAGUGCAGCAGCAUGGCCAAAGCAGCUAUUACAGUAACACUCAGUCACCCAGUUCAGCCAUGCAACAGGUUACUGUCCCUCUGCCUGGCUCUCAGUUGUCCUUACCGAACUUUGGCUCUGGUGGUGGUCAGCCUCUGUUGGCUCUGCCUCCCACUCCUCCACAGGCACAGCCUCCAAACAUGAACAGGCAACCCACAGUGUCCCAACAGUACAGGAACCUCAUGGGCCCCAAUCACAGCAUGAUGCAGCCUCCGACAAGCAAGAUGGACAUGGAUCUGAAGCUGUUUAGCUCUGGGAUGGAUGUGAAACCUGGGACUCCUCCUGUUAGUGCCAGAAGUACGACUCCCACCUCCAGCCCAUACAGGGCCAGCUCGACGUCUCCUAGUAGCCAGUCCAGUAAGAUGAACAGUAUGCUUUAUCAGAAGCAAUUCCAGCCGAGCUCCGCUGGAAUGAGAAUGACACAGCACUUCCCCGGACAGUUCAAUCCACAGAUUAUGUCACAGCCGAAUAUUGUAUCUCCUCUUGUUCGCCCCCCUCACGCCAACUCGUUUACGGGUGGAGUCCAGCGCUCUCCCAUGGGCCCUCCUAUGGGCUCCCCAAAUGUUGGCGGAGGUCUGAUGCCUCACCCUCGUGCCCAGCACCCGCAGCACCCGCAGCAUUCGCAGCACCCACAGCACCCACAGCACCCACAGCACAGCCAGCACCCACAGCACCCGCCCAGAGGCCCACCUGGUCCCCCUCUGGCACCCAGAGGCACCCAGGCUGCGCUGAAGGCUGAACAGGACCUAAAGGCAAAGCAGAGGGCUGAGGUGCUGCAGUCCACUCAUAAGUUCUUCUCAGAGCAGCAGCAGCAGCAGCUCAAAGCUCCUCCAGUGAACAAACCACCUCGUCUGGACCAGGGGGUAAAGCCCACGGUCGACAUCCCUGCACCCAACCAUCAGGUGAACGAGCGUCCUGAACCAGACAAGCCCCCAAUCUCCACCACCAAACCCAUACGGACUGGCCCCAUCAAACCACAGGCCAUCAAACCAGAGGAGGGCAAGUAGAGCUCUAUCCAGCCUCUGGAGAAGACUACAUGAACGGAGAGGAGAGAGGAAGAGUCAGUCGCCACGAUCAGUCCAGGAGAGAGAUGCAGAGCUGGGUGGACUUGUGGUUGAGAGAAAGCAUCCAUCUGCACAUUAAUAAUCCUCUUCCUCCUCUUUCUUUCCCCUAAAUCUACCGAUGUUGGAGGGACAUUGACUUGGACUUCCAUCAUGUUUAGACUAAAACAGCUGUUCCAGUUGUUUUUACGCAGUCUACUGUGAGAGUAGAUAAGGAGAGUGUUAAACGGAGAAUUUGAGAUUUGCUGCUGAGUUUGACAUUUUAUAGCUCUCAAUUUCUGUUCUUUAUAUUUCCCUCGCAAUAGGAUCACACAUAUUUUAGAAGAUACCUUUUUUGUUAACAAAAGAAUGAGUAUGUUUUGUUUUUUGUAACUGAACAAUGUUUGAAAAAACAUCAUUUGGAGAUGGCCCAGUUUACUAGAAGCAUAUCUCAUGUAACGGUUUCAUUUGUCAUUCUGUGGAUGGAGACAUCAAAUCAGAAUUAGUUGUUUUUGUUUUACCACAAUGGAAAUGUGAAAUGAUAGUUGAUUGGAUGUGAUCAGUCUGCCUGUGAGCGUUUGCCUUCUCUUGUCCUUGCCUGAUAAUGUUGGGAGUGUGUUUUGGGAUGAACAGGAAAGCGCGUAGCCCUCUCUCCUGAAUAUUUAGCCAAAGGUUAAAGGAGCGCAGAGAUGGCGCCACAGCCUUUUUGCUGAUUGCUGUUGCUUUGAAAGAUUUGAAUUUAAGCAUUUUCAGAGAUGAUCACUAAAUUUUGAGGGCUACGGUCCCCCACUUGUCACUGCUUUCACCCAUUUUUGCUGCCACAGACACACAUGUAACUGUACAGCACCAGAACUGCUGCUACCGACUGAUUUCAGUGCCCUUAGCUAAAGUUAGGGCUAUUUAGAGGACUAAAAACUGUCAGAUGAUUGUUUUAAAAUGGUAAAUAAAGUGCGUUCCUCAGUCCUUCUUUUGGAGGCGAGUAAAAAUCUGAAAGAAUAAGGACAAAAGAUGAAAUAUGAAGCCUCCAUUUUUGAAGUGUUUAAGCUAAAGGACACUUGCGUUUUGUUGUUUUGCUGAUGAGAGCAAUCAGUGCUGUUUUGUCUCUGCCUCACCUCCGCUGGCUGUCCUGAACACAAAGCUCUGUCAGGGCCGUGGUCCUUCAGAGUUGUACAGGCGUAUGUAUACCCUGAGGCCUCUGUCCCAGGAACGAGGAGGGAGGGAGGGAAGGGGAGACUUUUUCUUUGUUGUACAGGGGUUUCAUCGCUGUAUUAAAAUAUGUACGGUCUUAUUUACAUUCUCUUGGUUUGGUUACAGAAACUAAUAAAAAAAAUAUAUACGACGGAGACAAUUUUGUGGUUUUAUUUGAAGUCAUACAGCAAUGCUACAAGUGAACACUAGGUGGUACUAAACACUACAAAUAAAACAUAGCCCUGUUUAAAAUACCUUAUGGUUGACAGAAAUGAGUAUCAAAGAUUUUACAUCAACAA